CCGAGCAAAGGGGAGGCUGAGUGGAUGGAAGGGGCUGAGGGACCGCGGAAGAGAUAAACCCGGAGAAACCUGGAGAUACCUGGAGAAUUACCCGGGAUACAGAGCCUCACACAGCCGGGUGUGGGGGGGACACCCGGGACACACGGCCCUGCAGCUGGAGGGGGGGCAGAGGUGCGCGGACAGGGGCGCAGAGCUUUGAAACAAUGCAUGCAAAAUGCUGCAUCUGUGUCUCGUGAGGAGGACACGUUCUCGCCUUUCUUCUGAUUGAUGAUGUUCAGGGUCCGAGGAAGAUGAAGAUGAAGAUGAAGGAUGCUGCGCCUCCCAAAAUCUGAAUCCCAGUGAGAGCGCGCCCCUGCGUUGAUGAGUUGCGAGGGUGUGUGUGUGUGUGUGUGUGAGUGUGUGUAAGUGAGCGUCAGCGCUCCCACAUGGCCUCCAUGCAGGACGGGCUGAACUUCACGGCUCCUCCCUACGGCAAAGUGCUGCUGCUGGGCGCCAUCGCCGCCGCCUCCGCCUUCGUCGUCACCAUCCUCAUCGUGGUGCUGUGUGUGGGCUGCCAGCGGAAGGGAAAGACGCACAAUGUUUCCAACGAGGGUGGAAAACACCGUCUCAUGGACAUGGGUAUACUCCGGCAGUCCAAGCUGCGCUCCAUCAAGGCUUCUAAAAAGAAAAGGUCCCCAGUUCUGGACCUUCUGCUGCUGCCCGGCAGGUCUAACUCUGUUCGUUCUCAAGGCAGGCAGCUCCCCCAGAUCCCCCCCGGGACUGGAGAGGACGGGGAUCACACUUACUCAGAGGUGGGCCGGGGCUCCUCUGCCACUCGUACUGACGAUGCCCUGUACGCCAUGGUAGGCAGGGCGGGGCAGACGGACACCCCGGCCCCCCCCGCCGUCCCCGCUAACACCCCGGCGCCUCCGGACCCGGACGGCGACGUGGAGGGUGGGCUGCCCGACCCCGAGGUCAUGCCCCCUCCUCACCCUCCGGAGACGGCCGAGUACGCCUGCGUGCGGAAGCUGAGGAAGGCCGACAAGGCGCCGCAGAAGAGGGACAGCGGGACGGACAUGGCGGAGCCACCGGUGCCGCCACCGAGACACCCGCCGCCGACUCACCCGGCGCCUCCCCCGCCUCACCCCCACAGCACCAAGUUGCCCCGCCGGAACCAGGACGCCUUCAACGUGCCCGCCUUCCCAAAGGAGGUGAUGUUUAUGGGCAACGGAGAGCAGUACAUCUGGAAGCCUCCGGAGGAAGAUGAGAUGCUCGGGCACCAAAAUAAAGCCCUGGGAACGCUGGGUGCUCACACGGUGGAGAAUACACAGCCGUCUGCUGCUGUGGUGGCUGAGAUGUACUCCAAGGUAUGUAAACCUGGGAAGAAGAAGAGGGCGGUGCCGGGGUCUCCUCCAGGAAAUCCUGGCUUCCGGACCUUGGGUCGUGGAGACCGGGAUCGGGAUCGGGACGGCGGGUUCAGCGUUGUGGUCAAACCGCAGACAUGGGCCCUGCAGGAGGGCAAGGCCAUCGGGGGGGCGCUGGACGACCACUGCUACGAGUCCAUCGGGACGGAGGAGUGCGAGCUGGCCUACGAGAACCUGGAGGCAGGCUGGAAGAGAGAGAGGCCGCCCAACACCUGCGCCACCCUGCGGCCGCGGAGGAAGAAAUCCCAGCAGCCUUUGCAGCAGCAGCAGCCUCCUCCCCCCCCGCCCACGCAGCAGACCCCCCAGCUGCAGCACCUGCCUGCCAAAGCCCUGCUGCUGCCGGGGGAGAACCUGUACGAGAGCAUCGGAGACCUGAAGCAGGGCUCGGCCACCUCCAGCACCACCACCAUCUUCACCUUCAACGACGGCAUGGAGAUGUACGUGACCGGGCUCUGAGACCCUCAUCAGGAGCUGAAGAGGACCGACGCUGAGCCCCUCCAUGCCCCCCCACACAUACUGUUUACAUUCAGUCAUAACGUCGCCUCCCCCCCCGGCUCACGGGGCAAACAUUUGGAUCUGUUAUGACCUGGACUGAAGUCCCAUCUAUAAACCUUUCAAAGAAUCCAAAGGUAGAGAAACGAAAUGAGCACAAGCCCCCCGCAGAGCCACCUGUGGGGGGCAGUAGCACUUCUUACUGAGACAAACGUGCUAAGCACAAUUAAGUAAAGAGCCUAAAUUCUUCCUCAAUUAUAGCGGGUAAAAAGGUCCUAGCAGGACGGUUAUGGCGGGAAAAGGCAAAGCAUUGUGGGAAAUCUUUUGGUAGCACUUACCAUGCGCAGGCCUUCCUGCAGAGUCAGUGUGAUUCAGGACGGGAUUUAAAUGAAAUAAAAGGAAUGAAUUACUAAUCAAAAAUACUUGAAAGCUCAGGGACCAAGAGAAACGAUUAAGAGAGUAUUAUAAGUAAAUAAAUUGCACACAUUUUGCAUUCCUCCUAAAAAGCUUCGUCUAAUUUAAGACCAUCAUCAUGUUUUAAAAAGCAACCGGAUACUUCCCUCCGUCAUGUGGGGCUGGGCGAUCUAACACCGGGAAAUGAUUUACCAAAUACCUUCAUAAUGUGACGAUAGCGUACUACUGACCUUUAGUGGGGUCACUAAAUAUCAAAUACUGAAUACUUACUCAAGGAGAUUUUCUCCACAGAUAAUCAGCAGGAAUGUGGAUUCAAUGACCAAUUGAAGAGCGGUCUGGCAAUAAAAAUAACUCUAAAUAUUUCAUGUGAAAAGAUGUUUGACCAUCACUUCCUGGAUAUUGAGCACUCUGUCCUUCACACAGCUUCAUACCAAACGUUUAUACAGAGUGUCUAUCACCGCUCAAAGCUGCUCCACGGAGCAGGUAAAUCCACUUUCAGGUUAGAAUUUGGGCAAGUAUUUUAAUCAUUGUGCGCCCUAACACCGUUUAACAAUAAUGGUGAAUCCAUCUUGUAGGUUCGAAAAGGCCAUCAGUCCCCUGGUAAUCAGCCUCUAAAACCAGGAAGAGACAAAGUCUAAGAGGAUUUCUGUCCUCGCCACGUGCUGUUGUAUUUCGGAUGACUCGCCCAGCCCUGCUCCAUGUUAUGUUGUCCGGACUGAACUCUGUCUCCACUGCCGUCUGUAAAUGAAGUGUUUUACUUUGUUGAUCCUGUUUCUGCACUUUGCCUGCUACAAGUUGCAUGCUAAAAAAGGUUUAAAAAAAUCACAAAAAAAAUCCAGCAUUGUCGUGUGGUUCCUCUAUAUGAAUGUUUUUAUUUUGAAAUCGUCGUUGGUUGUUUUGUUUUGAGUUUUAUUUUGAAAAGUGUGUUGCUUUAUUUCUCUGUAGAGCACAAAGCCAGUUAGAUUAAGGAGGAUCGGGACUCGGAGGGGAGAGAUUACUGUCUCUCGUCACACACCGAGAGGAAAGAACUGCAAGGUGGAGACAGACAGACACACACACACACACACACACACACACACACACACACACACACACACACACACACACACACACACACACACACACACACACACACACACACACACACACACACACACACACACACACACCUCCCUCUCCGCUCAGUCCUCACUUCAUCUACAUUUCCGCUGCCUUCACACGGAUCAGCUCGGCUGUCUCGACGGACUCGCUCCUCUCUGUUAUCAGUGUGAAAAUAUUGCAGAAAUUACAAAAAGAAGAAGCAAAAGGUUUCGCAGAGCAUCACAAAUUAACAAAUCCUUAACGAUUAUAUAUAUAUAUAUAUAUCAUUCGGACCCCCCCCC